AUGGCACCACAAAUGCAAAUUCAAACACCAAACACUAAUAACACCACUGAAAACAAUAACCAUACAUCAUCUUCGGUUGUCGGUCCUCGCCCCCGAUGGCGUCCCCUUGGGUCGAAGAAUAAGUCUAAGGUUCCUGUCACAAACACAAGUGGCAAUCCUGAUGGCCAUGUUUUUGAGAUAUCUGCUGGAGCAGAUGUCUCAAAGAGUAUCUUUAAUUAUGUUUGUCGUCGAAGGAGACGCAUAAACAUCAUUAGUGGAAAUGGAGAGGUGGCGCAAGCUACACUUCGUCAAUCAACAGGAAAAGUUGUAACUCUUUGUGGAAGAUUCCAAAUUAUUGCGAUAUGUGGAACAAUUUUUCCUUCGCAUGCACCAAGGAUGGAGUGUGGAUUGGAAGUUUUAUUGUCUGGUACUGAAGGACAAGUGGCUAGGGGUAAUGUGAUUCCCCCUUUGGUGGCUUUCAACUCCGUGUUUUUGGUUGGAACUCCUAUUGCAAAAAUUGUAUUUGAAAAUGUGUCUUUGGAAGCUUACAACCAGAAUAAACAAAAAGAAGUUAGCUGUGAUGCAAAUGGACAUGUGGCAAAAGGUGGUGGUGGUUUGUUAAAUGGUGAAGGAUCAACAACUUAA